UCACAGAUGCAGAGAUGUGAGAAGCCCUUCAAUUCUGGAACUAGAAACCAAUAAAUGCACAAAAGCUGUCUACUUCAAAUUGAAAAAAGAAAAGAAAUUGGAAAAGGACAGGAAGAACCAACCAAAAUUCCUAAAUCAAAACAAAAAUAAUGAGAAAACCACGAAAAGCAGAGGAGAGAAAUUUGGAUACAGUAUAAGUGAACGAGGGAGAAUCAUGUGAUCCACCUCCUCAUCCUCUCUCAACUAAAACACCCAUAAUAAAUUUCACCACCGAGAAGCCAACCCUUUUGUCUUUCCCCCUUAAUCCUUUUUUUUUCCUGUUAGUAAUCUUCCACUCAUAGAUUUCUCCUUUGGAAGUGCUUUUUCUUCUGGGUUUUUUUCGUUUGUGGUUUUCUUUUUUACAUGGUCAUCAAUGGCUUCAAGUGCUUCUAGGUUCAUAAAGUGUGUGACUGUGGGAGAUGGAGCUGUAGGCAAGACCUGCAUGCUUAUUUGCUACACGAGUAACAAGUUUCCUACUGAUUACAUACCCACUGUGUUUGAUAACUUCAGUGCAAACGUGGUAGUUGAAGGAACCACUGUCAACUUAGGACUCUGGGAUACAGCUGGACAAGAAGAUUAUAAUAGAUUAAGGCCCUUGAGCUACAGAGGGGCUGAUGUUUUCGUGUUAGCUUUCUCUCUAGUUAGUCGGGCAAGCUAUGAAAAUGUACUUAAAAAGUGGGUUCCUGAGCUUCAGCACUAUGCUCCAGGAGUCCCUGUAGUACUUGCUGGCACCAAAUUGGAUCUUCGUGAGGAUAAGCACUAUUUGGCUGAUCAUCCUGGAUUGGUACCUGUGACCACUUCGCAGGGUGAGGAACUCCGGAAACAGAUUGGUGCAGCGUAUUAUAUUGAAUGCAGCUCAAAAACUCAACAGAAUGUCAAAGCUGUCUUUGAUUCAGCAAUCAGAGUAGUUAUCAAACCAGCACAGAAACAAAAAGAGAAGAAGAAAAAGCCAAAUCGAGGAUGCUUUUUAGAUAUCUUUCGUGGGAGGAGACUUUUGUGUCUCACAUGAAGUACAUCCUCAUCAGUGAAUUUUCAUUUGCAUGUUUUUACUGUUGCUAAUGUAUUGCCGGGCGAUUGUUCAGGCUAUCAAGUUCAUGUUUGAUUUUGAAAGCAAUGUUUUCUCUUUAUUGCAGUACAGCUUUCUUUGAAUGUCACUCGCUCAGUGGCAGUUAAUAUUUUUUAAUCUUAUGUUCGACUAACAGUGGGAACAACAUUAUUUAUUUCUACUAUCCUUGUAUACUAAUUGUAUGUAUUGAUUCUCGAAGCUCGGCAGAACUUUUAUAUGUAUAUGGCUUAUAACUAGAAAGAAAAUCGCUCUCCUUUUC